GUGUCACCCUAUCUCAUAACGCUGAAGACAUUUGAUUUGUCUACGGGGUGGGAGUGUUUCCUGUUUGGCUGAAUUCAAGAUGGCGGUGUAACCCAAAAAAUAAAAUAGUCAAAAACUACAUCGGAAUUCUAAAUAAACCGACAAUUUUUAUUUCUCGGAUGUACGUUUGUAAUAUUAAUGUUUUUAAGAAAUUAUUUCAUUAGCUGCUAGAUGUACAGAUCUGUUACAAUGAAGGUCCCCUGCUCUUUGACGAUAUUGGCGGCCAUCGUCACCAUGGCAACGGCGGAUUACAACAAAGACUUCUGCCUAAAGCACAUCACACAACAGGUCAACACGCCACAAGAUGUUCAAAAGCCGAAAUUCUUCGACAACUUCUACAUGUUCACAGAGAAGAAACAGACAACGAAUGGUGUCUUGUCUGUCGGCAAUAUCGAACUGUUCUAUGCUGCGAGCGCCGGCCUGGUGCACGCCGUGGACUCGGAGCCGGUCAACAGCACACAGAUCUGGAUCGACACGCAGUUCAAUGAGCAGAUGACCGUACCACUGGCCGGCAACGAUAUCUGCCAAGAUACGCCUUUUGAGAGCUCACCCAUGUUUAAGUAUCUGAGGGCAACCAAAGCAGCAGACGGCUCGAUCAAGCUAGCAACCCCAGAAUUGUUUAUGGGUUGGGACAGCUCUGUACAGAGGAACAUCACAUACGUGGGCAAGUCCAACUCCAGAGGUAUCGAUACCCAAAAAUGGAUCACGUGCGAGUACUAUGACGUGUACGACCUGACGACCGUCACGGAAUGGCAGAUCACAGACGCCAACAGUUACACCAUGUCUGUGAACGUGGACUCGGUAGGAGAAAACAACCCUGUUCUUCCCAUCAGUAUUAGCGUCGUGUCCCUUGAUGCCAGCUUCAAUGAGAUCAGAGCAGAUAUCGAUUACACACACUUCGCCCAUAUCGAUCCCAAAGAUAGAGCAUUCCAGAUACCAGCCACGAUGUUGUGUGCGGGCAAGCCCACGACACUCAAACCCUUGCCCACCAUUCCACAAUACUUUAAGUUCAAGGCCGAGCAGGUGACCUUGAGCAACAUCAACGGCCAGAGGCCCGACCCUCCCAGCUUGACCUACACCGUGGUUGAGUACAGGAAGACCUUGCAGAUAUUCGUGCAGGAGUUCAUCAGCACACCACAGCGCAACAGCCCCAACGACAAGUCCUACAUCAGGAUAGUGGACGACUACAACACAGGUAUCAGCUACCAGCUGGAUUUGACCUCAGGGGCCUGUAUCACCUCCGCCAUAGACGGAAGCCGCGACGAUGCGUACAGCGACAGGAACGGCAAUGUCCGGAUGAGAAACUCGGACGAAUUCUUCAGCCUGGACAGUGACAAGUACCAGUACAUGGGAAUUCAUAGAAUAAGAGACAUAGACUGCGAUACCUGGGCGACAUACAUGGUGGACAAUGCACCUGACCAUCUCCAGAAUACACUGUACAUCUGGUACUUCGCUACCUACGACUGGAUGAGGAGCAACGGGUACCAGACCCCGUUCACCAUGCCGAUCAUGCUAGAGCGCCAGUCGACCCCUCAGCCUGGCUCUGGGAUCGUGAAUUCCCUCCAGUACCACAUCUUUGAGUGGACCGACUCCCCCGACAAGCACGUACCCGACGUGUCCAACUGCUUUAGCACCAACAACACGAUGAACGUGGAGGUGUUUUUUUCAGGACGUUACGACCAGUUCUACCUACCAGACCCUGGCAGCUUCAGGCAAAAUUUCCUCGGAGCGCUGGUCAGUGCCACGGGUCUGGGGUCAUCGCUGAGAAUCGCAGAGCUGGACGUUCAGCCAGCUAAUAACAACGAGCUUGUGGUCAGGUUUAAACUACUGGAAACCCCACGUCUGGGCGGCGACCAACGGGGCGUGACGCCCUCCCAGCCCCCUGUCAGUAGUCAGACGAUCUUCUCCAACUUCGUCAACAAAGUGAACGGCGGCUCGUUUUACGUGGACAUUGGCUCGAACGCCAAGACGACGCUGUACGCUAGGCCUGGGUCUGCUGCCGUCACUAAAAACAAAGGGAAAUUUCAAGCAGUAUCAUCAUCAACCACCAUUGGCUUCACCAGUGGAGCGAUGGCCGGGAUAGCAGUUGGGAUGUUGUUGGGCGGAGCCUUGGUGGUAGCGCUGAUUGUGGUUGUGGUCAAGAAGUUGAAGCCCAGCGGGGAUGACACCAUCGCUAUGAGCAGUGCCAGCUAGGGUCCAGUGUAUGGGAGAGCAAGCUUGACCCUAAGGUAUGGGAAACACGGAAAUCUUCAACGUGAAUCGGAGAGCGAGCUUGACGCUAGGGUACGGGAAAUACGGAAAUCUUCAACGAACAAAACUCUUUCAAUGACUUUUCGACCAUAGGUCUUCAUCAGGAAUAUUUGUAUUUAUUAAAAGGAAAAUUAUACUUUUUUUUAUUGUUUGUCUAUUGAAAAAAAACGCCGAAGCAACAUUUCUGUUAUUUGCUUGUUUGUUGUUUUUUUUUUCUAAUUGUUGUCAUAAUGAUUUCUAAACUUAGAUUCGAAGUAGUGCGUGAUUUGAAUAAUAUUAUCAUAGGGUAUUAAGUGGGUGAUUGUCUUUUCGUCUUUUUGAUUGAGUUUAUGUGCAAUUAUGCUGAAUGAAAUUUUUUUUCAAAUAUGUUUUUUUUUCUUUUAUAAAAGUGUAUACGAGUUGUAGUGUCUCCUUUAAAAGAAAAUUAGUAUAAAUUAAUAAAGUUUAUUCUCAAAAAAUAGAUUACUGCGGUACUAGUGACAAAGUUUACCAUAGUAAUAAAAUGUCCAAUACAUGUAAAUAAAAGAAAA